UGUAGAACUAGCUAGUGCUAGCCGCUGCACUGCUGUGUUGUCAACCGCUCAACAAUGGUUCAGUUAGUGGGGUCUCUUCGCAAAGAACUCGCCGAUUCUGUCUCUAGCUGCCGGGUGCUGGUGGUUGGAGCUGGAGGAAUAGGCUGUGAGCUUCUUAAAAAUCUGGUGCUCACCGGUUUCAAAAACAUAGAAGUGAUCGACUUGGACACCAUAGAUGUCAGUAACCUGAACAGGCAGUUCCUCUUCCAGAAGAAACAUGUGGGGAAAUCCAAGUCACAGGUGGCGAAGGAAAGCGUGCUGCAGUUCUGCCCGUCUGCAAACAUCACAGCGUACCAUGACAGCAUCAUGAAUCCGGACUACAAUGUGGAGUUCUUCAGGCAGUUUGCGCUGGUCAUGAACGCACUUGACAACAGAGCGGCUCGUAACCACGUCAACAGAAUGUGUCUGGCAGCAGACAUCCCCUUGAUCGAGAGUGGCACAGCUGGGUACCUGGGCCAAGUUACAGUCAUAAAGAAGGGUCAAACGGAGUGCUAUGAGUGCCAGCCUAAGCCCACGCAGAAGACAUUCCCUGGGUGUACCAUCCGCAACACCCCCUCUGAGCCCAUCCACUGUAUCGUCUGGGCCAAGUACCUCUUCAACCAGUUGUUUGGAGAAGAGGAUGCUGAUCAGGAGGUAUCCCCUGAUACGGCAGAUCCUGAGGCCAGAUGGGACUCUGCGGAGGCUGCAGCGAAGGCCAGCUCCUCUGAGCAGGACGGAGACAUCAAGCGUGUUAGCACCAGGGAAUGGGCCCGCUCUACUGGAUACGACCCAGUCAAGAUCUUCAACAAGUUGUUUAAAGAUGACAUCCGGUACCUUCUGACAAUGGACAAGCUGUGGAAGAAGAGGAAAGCCCCACUGCCCUUGGACUGGGAGGAGUUGCUGAAGCAAGUGAACCCGGCCGAGGCCGUGAACCUGAGCGGGCUGAAGGACCAGCAGGUGCUGGGUGUCCAUGGCUACGCCCAGAUGUUCAGCAGCAGCGUGGACACCCUCAGAGGAGACCUCCAGCAGAAAGGAGAUGGAUCUGAACUGGUGUGGGACAAGGACGACGCUCCAGCCAUGGACUUUGUGACUGCAGCAGCCAACCUGCGCAUGCACGUCUUCAGCAUGAACAUGAAGAGCCGCUUUGACGUGAAAUCCAUGGCGGGUAACAUCAUCCCGGCCAUCGCCACCACCAAUGCCAUCAUCGCCGGCCUCCUCGUGCUCGAGGCCCUCAAGAUCCUCAACGGAGAGAUGGACAAGUGCCGCACGAUUUUCCUGAACAAGCAGCCCAACCCGCGUAAGAAACUGCUGGUCCCCUGUGCCCUGGACCCUCCCAACUCCAACUGCUACGUGUGUGCCAGCCGGCCCGAGGUGACCGUGAGGCUCAACACCCAGAAGACCACCGUCCUCACCCUGCAGGACCGGAUUCUGAAGGAGCGGUUUGGAAUGGUGGCACCAGAUGUCCAGAUCGAGGACGGCAAAGGCACCAUCCUCAUCUCCUCAGAGGAGGGAGAGACCGAGGCAAACAAUAAGAAGUUCUUGUCUGACUUUGGGAUCCGAAACGGCAGCCGUCUCCAGUCUGAUGACUUCCUCCAGGACUACACUCUUCAGGUCAACAUCCUCCACAGUGAGGAGCUGGAGAAGGAUGUGGAGUUUGAGGUGGUGGGGGAGGUUCCAGAGAAAGGCCCCGGCCCCUCCUCAGCAUCAGCACCGGCAGCAGAGGAUGGCAAGAGCAUCACCAACGGCAACAAAGACUCCGCCCAGCCCUCUACCUCAUCUAAAGCUGUGGAGGAGGAUGAUGACAUUCUCCUCCUGGACUCUGAAGAUGAAGAGCCAUCCUCCAGCUCCGCCAUGGACACCUCCGCCACCUCCUCGUCGUCACAGAAACGCAAGCAUGCCGACGCAGAGACGGGAGAAUCGGGCGAGAGCUCCUCCAAGCGCAAGCGUCUGGAGCAGCCGUCCUCCACCAAUCAGGAUGAAGACGACGAUGACAUCAUUGCCCUGGAUUGACCUGCAUCCUGCAGUUUCUUAAGACAGACAAGACACUCUUUUUCUCUCCAGUGUCCAAUUCCAUCCUGCCUCCCCUGCCCCAAACUGUAUAUAAACCUGUACAAAAACCAGCGCCCCCACACCCUCUCCUCCUCCUCCUCCUCUUUCCCCUGUCUGUCAGAUCCAGGACCCCGUUUCUCGAAAGUAUCGUUGCUAACCAGUUAGCAACUUACUUGGUUCCCAAUGGGAAUUUGCAAUGCAACCAAGUAAGUUGCUAACUUGGUUAGCAAUGACGUUGUCGAGAAACGCACCCCAGUUCUAUGAUGGACUAAACAUUUCGUUUUUCAGACUUGAGCUUUUAUCCCAAAACUGCAGCCGUUUUCUGGUGCAGGUCUGGUCCUGAUCUUGCCCAGCUAAGGCAGCAUUUAGGGGAUGCAUUAUGAGGGUUAAUAACUAAAGUCAUUUAGUUUUUGUUUUCUAUUGUGGACCCAGUUGUUUCUAUUUGUUUUUGUAGCUUCAUUUGGCGUCUGGUACUUCGUGGUGGGGAGUUGUGCUUUAAAAAAAAACAGCGUAUUGGAGAGGCUUAUGUUAUCGUGCUUUAUUAUAUUAUCAAUGUCAAAAAAAGAAGUCCAAUCUUUGCAUAUUUAAUUUUUUUGUAAUACAACCUUUGAAGAAGCAAAAAGCCCAACAAGCCUUGAAGUUGUGUCCGUUGUUUUUUGGCCGCAAUUUUUUACGGUCCUAAGUGUACUACUACUUUUCACGGUUAGCGGUGUGCAGGGAGAGACAGGCUGGGGUGGUGUUGUUGAACUUCUAUUUCUACAGUCUGUUCGCUAGACUCAGUUAUGGGUCUAAGCACUUCAUAUGUGACCAGUGGCAAGCCAUGCGUACAUGUUGUACAUGCAUACUUGCACAUUCUCAUACACACUCUAGUCCUAAUAAAAGCGUAACGGUGCAGA